AUGAAUUUACCUGAAGCCGAUAUUGUGAUCUUUUACACAUAUUAUCAGCAUAUUCGCUCGCUGAUAACAAUGAUGAUGACGUUUUCAGUUCACGUUCUCACUUCGAAGCAUGAAGAAGCAUCUUUACAAACAGAAGACGUGGAAGAUGUUGAAAAGAAAAAAAUAAAUGAAGAAUAUUUGAAAUGGAAUCGCGAUAAAACAAAAACAUUUACACAUGAAAGGGAACAUUCUUCAGUGAAUUCAGAAACUAGUGAAGUGAAAAGUUGGGAAAAAGUGAGAAAGAAAAUAAAAAAUAAAGAUUUUUUUAGUUACAAGAAAAUUGUGACGCCAAUUCCACCUGAGAUAAUCAAAGAACUUGGAUUAAUUAAUCCUGGAGAGAAAGGUCAAGGAGUACAUUUAGGAAAUGUUUCAAAUGAAAUUCAAGAAAGAAUCGAUCAAGGAUGGAAACGUCAUCAAUUUAAUGAAUUUGUGUCUGAUCUCAUUGCAUUGAAUCGAACACUUCCUGAUCCAAGAGAUGAAUAUUGCAAGCAGGAGAAGUUGUAUCUUGAUCAUCUUCCAUCAACUUCUGUGAUAAUCAUUUUUCACAAUGAAGCGUGGUCAACGCUCCUCAGAACAGUUCAUUCCGUUCUUAACAAAUCACCAGAACAUUUAAUUGAAGAAAUUAUUCUAGUUGAUGAUUUCUCAAGUAUGCCACAUUUAAAAAAACCGUUGGACCUUUACAUGUCUGACUAUCCCAAGGUGAAAAUUUUACGUGCUGAUGUAAGAGAAGGUUUAAUUAAAGCUCGUAUACGUGGAGCUGUGGUUGCAACAGCUCCGACAUUAACAUUCUUAGAUUCUCAUGUUGAAUGUGCUGAAGGUUGGCUGGAACCACUUUUAGAUAGAAUUGCAAGAGAUUCAACAACAGUUUCAUGUCCAGUGAUUGAUGUAAUUGACGAUCACACUUUUACGUUGUCUUAUCAAGAUGCCACUGGACUACAAAUUGGUGGAUUUGAUUGGGCUGUUACUUUUGAUUGGCAUUAUGUGUCGCAAGAAGAAAAUGCUAGAAAAGGACAUCCAGCAGCACCAACAAGAUCGCCCACGAUGGCUGGCGGUUUGUUCUCAAUCGAUAGAAAGUUCUUCGAGAAGCUUGGAAUGUACGAUCCUGACUUUGACAUUUGGGGCGCUGAAAAUCUUGAACUUUCGUUCAAAACUUGGAUGUGUGGCGGAACUUUAGAAAUCAUUCCCUGUUCGCAUGUCGGUCACAUCUUUAGAAAGGUUUCGCCUUACAAGUGGAGACCAGGCGUUGAUGUUUUAAGAAAAAAUACAAUUCGAUUAGCUGAAGUUUGGAUGGAUGAAUAUGCAGAAAUUUAUUAUUUAAGAAUUGGUGGUAAAAAUAUAGAUUAUGGUGAUGUCAGUGAACGGAAAAAGCUUCGUGAAAGUUUAAAUUGUAAAUCGUUUAAAUGGUAUUUAGACAACAUUUAUCCCGAAUUAGACAUUCCUGAUAAUCUUGCUGAAGGUUCAGCUUACAAUUUAGGAGAAAAAAAGUUUUGCUUAGAUUCACCGGUCGGUGAACAUGACUUAGCAGGAAAGAUUCAAGUGUACCACUGUCAUAAAUAUGGUGGAAGUCAAUUUUUUGAGUAUACAAAGCGAUUUGAAAUAAAAAGAAAUGCGCAUUGUCUUGAGUUUUCACCUGGCAAUCCUAACAGCCUUCAAAUGUAUAAAUGCCACGAUCAACUGGGAAAUCAGCAAUGGAUUUAUAACAUUACAACAUAUCAGAUCAACAAAAGUAACUCCAAUAUGUGCUUAUCAAUGAACAAUUUUAUUAUAAACGUGGAUACAUGUAAUGAAAGUAAUCCUUACCAAAAAUGGAUAUUUAAAAAGAUUCACAGAGAGAAGUUUUCGAAUUUAUAA